AGAGCGGAGGAAGUAGAGGUAGGCCUCGCGCUGCGGGCGAACAGACUGGGCGAAUCAAGAGGAAGGUAGCGAAAGAUCGAUUUUGAACUUCUCAGUCGAACCAUUGAGAGAGCGGGGGAGGAGUCAGAAGUCGCCAAUGGCAGGGGAGAGAGACAUGGCCGACGAGACGAGGAAUCAGAUGAUGCAAAACCUUUUCGGAGAGCAGUCAGAGGACGAAGAGGAAGAAGAGGAAGUUAAUUCGGUUCACGAGGCGGCCGCCAAUCACUCUGAUUAUGAAUCGGAUGAAGGUGAAGGUGAGGCUGAGAAUGAUGGUGAUCUUGAGGCUGAGAAUGAUGGUGAGGGUGAAGGUGAGGCUGAGAACUAUGGUGAAGGUGAAAUGGAGGGGCAAGGUGAGGUUGAAAUGGAAAGUGAAGCUGAAGCUCAUGAUGUUGAUCUUGAGCAAGUAGAGAGUGAGGGCGAAAGAUUCCAAAGUUCUCCAGAAAGAGGAAUUAGUUAUGAGAAGAUGGAAAGUGAACCAAAAGAUGGAGAAAGUGAGGAAGAAGGUUAUGGACAAAGGGUAACGACCAGCAGAAGAAGAGAAGUGAUGGCCAGUGAGUCUGAGGAAUCUGAAGAUAAUCGAUAUGCUGAUCAUGAAGAUGAAGAGAUUGACUCUGAUCAACCCAGGAAGUCAAGGUCAAUGGAUGAGCAAAAAGAUGAAGAAGUUGUUCGUGAUGUAUUUGGAGAUUCUGAUGAGGAUGAACAGGCUGAAUAUGGUGGUCAAGAUGAAAUUGAGCAUGAUUCACAUAGAUCUCCUGCAGAGGAGGAAACAAACUAUGAACAAGAUCUAAAGCCAGAAGAUAUAGUGCCUGAUGAGGACAUGCAAUAUGGAACAGAGGAUGAAAAUUUUGACGAUAAACCUAAAGAAAAACCAGUUGGCCCCCCAUUGGUUUUGGAUGUUCCUUUGCAACUGCCACCUAGCCGACCUGAUCGGAUGAAUGUCAUUAAAGUUUCUAACAUCAUGGGCAUUGAACCAAAGCCUUUUGAUCCUAAGACAUAUGUUGAAGAAGAUGUUUUUGUAACUGAUGAAUCUGGUGUGAAGAAACGAAUUCGCUUAGAAGACAAUAUUGUGCGCUGGAGAAUGGUGAAGAACCGUGAUGGCACAGUCUCUUAUGAAAGUAAUGCAAGGUUUGUGAGGUGGAAAGAUGGAAGUCUACAGUUGUUGAUUGGAAAUGAAGUUCUAGACAUAUCAGUGAAUGAUGCACAUCAUGAUCAAAGCCACCUUUUUCUUCGACGUGGAAAGGGAAUUUUGCAAUCUCAAGGCAGGCUCUUACAAAAGAUGAGGUUUAUGCCAUCUUCUUUGUCAUCUAAGUCCCACCGUUUAUUGACUGCUCUUGUUGAUUCGCGUCAUAAAAAAGUUUAUAAGGUGAAGAAUUGUAUUACGGAGAUUGAUCCAGAGAGAGAGAAAGAAGAAAAAGAAAAGGUUGUUGGCCAAACUAUUAGAGCCAAUGCACUUCUUCAUAGGAAAAGAGAAAAGGUUAACCGCAAGUAUGCACAACCUGCCCAUAGAGGAAGACAACUCUCUCCAGGGUUCUUGGAAGAUGCACUUGAUGAGGAAGAUGAAGCGGAAGACUAUUACAGUUCUCAUCGAGGUUCAGCUCGUAGUCGUUUUGAGGAAGACUUGGAAGCAGAAGCAAGGGCUGAGAAACGCAUAAUUAAUGCAAAAAAGUCAAAUCUACAUACAAAUAAACCAUCCUUAUCUGCUGCUCGCUCAUCAAAGAGACCGCUUGAGGAAUACUCUGAGAGUGAAAAAGAAGAAUCAGAAUAUGAAAGUGAAGGUGAAGAGAUUGAGAGGUCUCCAAUGGGUGCAAGGGAAGAUGAGCAAGAAAAUGAAGAUGAAUAUGAAGAAGAGGUAGAUGAAGAAGCUGCUGAUGCUAUAUCUCCAUCAGAAGAAGAGGAGGAGCCAAGAAAAAAAAUAAAGGAAACUGGACGCAGCAACCUGAAACGCAAGGAGAUCGAGUCAGAUGAGGAGUCUCCUCCUAGAAAGACAGUUCAUCGCAGAAAAGCAGUAGUAUAUGAUAGCGAUGAGGAUUGAAUACUUGUCAUGGUGAUUUCUCUGCUAUUCAAAUGUACAUGCUUUAUUAUCCUAAAAGUCACACCAAGUUGCAGAUGAGACCCAAACAUUUUCAUUCGAAUUUGAAGAUUGAUCUGCCACUUUUACUUAGCUUUACAACUUAAAUCACAGUGAAUGCCUACCCAACCUUGAGAGACUGAGUUGCUCAAAAUGCACUUACAGUGGCAGAUACAGAAUCUAAAUUGCACUGGCAUUGCGUUCAUGAUUACGAAGGCUUGGAGAAUGCGUACCCUAAUGCAUUAUUCUUAUUGACUACUAAUAUUGAGGGCCAAACAUGGGAACUCUUGGCAGCUCAAAAUUAUUGCUUUCAUACUAUCGCCAUUACCCUCCUUUUUUUUUCCCCCUCAAUGUAUUCAAGAUAUCUCAUCACUGAUCAAACUGUUGAAAAUAUCAUCCAACUGACUUAAAACUUGUAAUUUUUGUAUGCUAGUUUAUAUCUUAUGCCAGUUUCAAUUUAUGUGCUA